CUUCUCUUGCACGUGAUGUCGGAGAGCGUGCCUGCUUGCGUUAAAGAGCCAAUAGCAACGGGCCGAGUUCUUCGGCGGUUUUGCAAACAUUCCCUCAGAAGUUCUUUGUGGUUGGUCGAUCCAUUCUCUUGAGGAUAAAUCAUUCAUUUCUAAAUGUUUGCUGGAGCCACAGAAUUGGAAGAAGAGGUCCCUUUGCUGUUAUGGGGCUUGGAUCCUAUCUUUUCAGCCUUUGCAAGAUUGUACAUUAAAGACAUACUAGAUAUGAAAGAGUCUAAACAGGUUCCAGGUAUAUUCUUUUAUAAUCGACAUCCAAUAAGGCAGGUGGAUAUUGUUGGAACGGUGGUCCUAAUGAAAGAACGAGAUGCCUUUUAUACUUAUGGAGUGGAUGACGGCACAGGUGUUAUAAGUUGUACCUGCUGGAAAAAUACUUUGGCAGAAAAGAAAUCUUUGUCAGAUUUUGAAUCUCAUUCGACUACCUCAAGUGAGUUGGAUCUAAUUGAACAGAUAAGGAAGCUGCAAGUAGCAGUUCGCCAAAAAACAAGGCUGGAAAUUGGUGAUCUCGUCAGAGUCCGUGGUUGCAUUCGAAUCUACAGACAGCAGCGAGAAAUCAAGGCCUCCAUGUACUAUAAAAUUGAUGAUCCUUUGUUUGAAGUUCAGAUUUCAAGGAUGCUAAAACUUCCCAAUCUGUACAGAGAUAUUUAUGACAAGCCAUUCCAGUUCCCAGAAGAGGCACAGAGAAGCCAAGGUGCAGCAGACUCAUUGGGCUCCAUCACUAUACUGAGCAGAAAAAUAAGGGGCUUUCUGUUGGGGAAAAAGAUUCAGAGCUUCUAUCAGCAAGAGUUGGAAACAGUGGACGAUUUGUUAUCUCAUGUCAUGCAGGAUGGACCAAGUACCACUGCUGCGCAGAUGGAUUCCAAAGCUGCUCCCUGCUCCAAACUGAUUAAGAGGGCCUUCAUGGAAGCAAUAAAGGUGUUGCAAGAAAAGGGUGUUGUUUUCCAGAAAUCAAAGAAUCCCAAGGAUCUGUAUUACGUGACUGAACAGGAUAGAGAAUUGCACAGAGUGACACUUGAAAUCCUUGGAGCUGAUUGCAAGAGGCCAAAAUAUGCUGAAAAGGGCUGCCAUCGCCGUCACAUUCUCAGUUGUAUUCAGCAGAGUUAUAGCCCUUAUGUUACUGAAGCUGUGGUCUGUUGCCUCCUGGACUGGUUGGAGACAAACAGUGAUGUUGUCACUACCAUGGAUGGAUACUACGUUGUCUUUUAAAACAAGAGAUACCAUGGACUUCUUGAACUAAGCUUUAUGCAGUCGGCAAUAAGAAUAAUUCCAACAUUGAAGAAUCAGCUGUGUUCCUAUUUUGUCUUUUCUAAUUUAAAAGAUGCAGCAUGAUGAUGUUUGUAUUUAUUUUUGUUUUACCCCAGGUUUCAGAACAUGUAAUUAUUUUUGAAGCACUCCCAUCUGUUUCUGAUGUUCCAGGUAGUAAACACAGGGACAUUUUUAAAUAGGAAAAGCUAUCAUGUUAUGAAUGCCCUCUUGUGGUUGGAGUGGAGACAAAACAACAAACUUUGCAUUCAGCAUCGUCAUUCAAUGGGCAGGGGCUGCCUAAAGUGACAGGCAGCGUGAAUGCACUGAAGCCGACUUCCUUAGAUGUUUGCACCUAAAUUUUGAAGCCUCUGAUUGUUGAAUUGUGCAAGAUGUGGUUUAGGUUCUGUAGACAGCCAUGUACAUUGGUAAUUUCAUUGGUAAUUUGCAAGCUUUAGAAAUCACACUGGAUUAAAGAUCACAUUGUUCCCACCUCUAAAGAGAUGUGCUGUGGCAUAUCUCAAGCCCAGCAUAUUUGUUAAUGGUGCCUUUCAUGUGCUCCAUAAAUAGUUUGUAUGUCCAUUCAUGUUGCCCCAAUUGGGGAAUAUUUUGAAAUACAGCAUUCUGCUCUAAA